AUGGGUGUCGGCUUGCAAACGGCCGAAUUGGCCCUCGCGUUAAAAACUUCGGAGCAGAUAGCCUACCAAGUAAAUAUGUUGGAAUACAGGCAGGAUAUUCUCAACCACAUGCAUCAUAUGGAGUGCAACAAAUCGGACUAUACGGUUGACCCGGUUAUGAUCGAUAGCCAGCCGGAACUGGAGUGGUUUAUGAGACCCUAUUUAAUUGACUUCUUAAUAGAACUACACGAGUACUUUAGGCUACGGCCCGAGACUCUGUUUCUGGCUUGCUCCAUCGCAGACCGCUAUCUUUCAAAGCGCAUGGUUCACAAGAAACAUUAUCAAUUGAUGAUGACCACGGCGUUGUGGAUCGCGGCCAAAUACGAAGACAAAAAGUCGAGAACCCCGCUAGUCCGGGAGCUCGUGGUGCUCUGUCGUAACGUGUAUGACCCUAAGAUGUUUGUGCAAAUGGAAAUGCAUAUCCUCAGCUCCAUGGAAUGGAAAGUUGGAUCCGUCAGUUCGGAAUACGACUGCCUAGCCCUGUACCUGGAGCUGGAGUGCGUGACGCAGAACCAAAACGCUUCGUGUGUAAGAAGCUUGGCCACUUUCCUGAUGGAACUCACCAUGUAUGAACGAAACUACAUGUACUUUCCGUCAACCGUUCGAGCUAUUUCAGCGGUUUUAUUGGCCAUGAAAAUUCUAGGAAACAGAGGCUUGGCCGAAUAUAUUCAAAUUAACCUAUUAGAAGGCCAAACCUUGGCCCAUCAACAAUUGACAGGCUACCAGCUUUCGAUGGUAGAUUCAUCAAGGAGAAAUGACCUACCUGCACUGUCCUUGAACGUCGAACUACUGGAAGAUAUCAGACAGUGUGGACUUCUGUUUAUCAACGAUAUUUUCAAGACAAAGACGCAAGGCAAACCAUUUCCAUCGGCUAUUCUCAAGAAAUACCAAAGCAUGUCUUUUGAGCCGUUGUUUGAUAAUUACACUUCGCAAAAUAUUAGUGCGUAUAUGACACUGUGCCAACUAACUCAGAAUAGGGACUUCAGUCAGCAUCAAAUGUUUUCGGAACAAACCCUAAGAGGACUGAUCGAAAACUGCAUUGGUCUUCUUCCAACGACACAAAAUCUUUCCGAAGUUAACGAUUGUUUUUCCACUUUUGGCAAUGUGAACUUGUCUUCUGGUUACAAGGAUGCGAGUACUACGAGAUUUUCAGAACAAUCGUCUGCAUCCAAUUAUUACUCAUAUCCGCAUUUAAUACCCGCUCAAAUCUCCGCGCAACCUCAUGAGAUCGAAACUGUGUCACCAAAAACUCCACUUUCAUCCUCUGACUCUGUUUUUAGUAGCAGCACUUCCAUUCCCUCCCAAAUUUCAGUCAGUUCUCCGAUGGUGCUAUGCAGUUAUAAGCCUGCCACAUCAAGACUGAGUUCAUUCUCUUCAGUACACGUCUCACAUUAUCAACAAAAAGUGCUGACGAGGUUGAAUAGCACUGAAAGCAGUAUGAUGGAGUGA